AAUAAUAAUAAUAAUAAUAAUAAUAAUAAUAAUAAUAUAUUAUAAUGAAUUAUAAUAUAUUUGCGACCACUGUCAGCCUCAGAGUUAUCUCUGAGUUACCAGACCUUGCCACGUGGAGGCCAGUGGUUCGUCUUUAAGGUCCCCCCCCCCCUCGCCUUCCCCAGGUUCAUGUGUCCAGGAAUUCAUCCGUGGGCCCCCGGAUGUUUUCCCUUUCCUCAUUUCCCUAAGGUCAGCCUCGCCUCUCUUUCUCUCUCUGCCUUCCAGCCUCAGCCUUCCCCAGGUUCAUGUAUCCAGGAAUCCAUCUGUCUGCCUCCGGAUGUUUUCCCUUCCUCACUUCCCUAAGGUCAGCCUCACCAACCUGUUUUCUUGCUGUCCCCAGGUUCAUGUAUCCAGGAAUCCUUCCGUCUACCGCCGGAUAUCUUCCCUUCCCUACUUACCCAAGGUCAGCCUCAACUGCAUGUAUUCUUGCCAUCCCCAGGUUCAUGUAUCCAGGAAUCCAUCCGUUCGCUCCCGGAUGUCUCCCCUUCCCCACUUACCCAAGGUCAGCCUCAACGACAACCUUCCCCAAGUUCAUGUAUCCAGGAAUCCAUCCGUUCGCUCCCGGAUGUCUUCCCUUCCCCACUUACCCAAGGUCAGCCUCAACGACAACCUUCCUCAAGUUCAUGUAUCCAGGAAUCCAUCCGUUCGCUCCCGGGUGUCUUCCCUUCCCCAUUUCGCUAAGGUCGGCGGUGCCUUCCCCGGAUCAGUGUCUCCAGGAAUCCACUUAUGUCACCUCAGGUGAACUCCCUUCACCACUUCCCCAAGGUCAGCGGUAUUCUUGCCGUCCGCAGGAUCAUGUAUCCAGGAAUCUUUCCGUCUACCGCCGGAUAUCUUCCCUUCCCCACUUACCCAAGGUCAGCCUCAACUGCAUGUAUUCUUGCCUUGCUCAGGUUCAUGUAUCCAGGAAUCCAUCCGCUCGCUCCGGAUGUCUCCCUUCCCCACUUACCCAAGGUCAGCCUCAACAACAACCUUCCUCAAGUUCAUGUAUCCAGGAAUCCAUCCGCUCGCUCCGGAUGUCUUCCCUUCCCCAUUUCCCUAAGGUAGGCGGUGCCUUCCCCGGAUCAGUGUCUCCAGGAGUCCACUUAUGUCACCUGAGUGGACUCCCUUUCCCACUUCCCCAAGGUCAGCGGUAUUCUUGCCAUUCCCAGGAUCAUGUAUCCAGGAAUCCUUCCGUCUACCGCCGGAUAUCUUCCCUUCCCCACUUACCCAAGGUCAGCCUCAACAACAACCUUCCUCAAGUUCAUGUAUCCAGGAAUCCAUCCGCUCGCUCCGGAUGUCUUCCCUUCCCCAUUUCCCUAAGGUCGGCGGUGCCUUCCCCGGAUCAGUGUCUCCAGGAGUCCACUUGUGUCACCUGAGUGGACUCCCUUCCCCACUUCCCCAGAGUCAGCGGUGCCUUCCCCGGAUCAGUGUCUCCAGGAGUCCAC